AGGUAUCCAUCCUUCUUCGGAGGAAGUGUUAUAGGUCUCCGUUUCCGACUGUUGAAGGGAACUGAAGAGAGAAAAGAUGGAUUCUUAUGCUGGGUUUUUCGUUGACGAAAAAGCCGUUCGUGUGGAGAACAUAUUCUUUGAGUUCCUCAAGAGUUUUAAGCUAGAUCCCACCUCGGCUGAGCCAUUCUAUGAAUCGGAGAUCGAAGCGAUGAAAUCGAAGGAAUCGACCACCAUGUUCAUUGAUUUCUCUCACGUAAUGCGCUUCAACAAUGUCCUUCAGAAGGCCAUAUCGGAUGAGUAUCUGAGAUUCGAGCCGUACCUGAGGAAUGCUUGCAAAAGGUUUGUGAUGGAGCAGAAGCCGACCUUAAUCGCUGAUGACAACCCCAACAAAGAUAUAAAUGUAGCCUUCUACAAUAUCCCUCUGCUCAAGAGAUUGAGGGAUUUGGCGACAGCUGAGAUCGGAAAAUUAGUUUCAGUGACGGGAGUGGUCACUCGUACGAGUGAGGUGAGACCGGAGCUUCUGCAAGGGACUUUCAAGUGCCUGAAGUGUGGAAUCGUAAUAAAGAAUGUUGAACAGCAAUUUAAAUAUACUGAGCCGACUGUCUGUACCAAUGCACACUGUAAGGAUCGAAUGUGGGCUUUGCUUCGUCAAGAGAGCAAAUUUGCAGAUUGGCAGAGGGUUCGAAUGCAAGAAACCACGAAAGAGAUACCACCUGGAUCCCUUCCUCGAUCUAUGGAUGUCAUCCUUCGUCAUGAAAUCGUGGAGCAGGCCAGAGCUGGCGAUACGGUAAUCUUUACAGGUACUGUUGUUGUGAUACCAGACAUAUUGGCAUUAGCAUCACCAGGGGAGAGAUCAGAAUGUCGAAGAGAAGCUUCCCAGCGUCAAAAUCCUGCUGCUGGCCAGGAUGGCGUUAGGGGCCUUAGGGCUUUGGGGGUGAGGGAUCUCUCCUAUCGCUUGGCCUUCAUUGCCAAUUCAGUACAGAUUUCUGAUGGUAGAAGGGACAGCGACAUUAGGAACAGAAAGAAGGAUAUUGGUGAUGAUGAUAACCAGCAGUUCAUGGCAGAUGAGUUGGAUGAAAUCCAAAGGAUGAGGAACACUCCCGAUUUCUUCAAUAAGCUUGUUGACAGUAUUGCUCCCACUGUUUUUGGUCACCAAGAAAUCAAACGGGCCAUCCUGCUUAUGCUCUUGGGUGGUGUCCAUAAGGUCACCCAUGAGGGUAUCAACCUGAGGGGGGACAUCAAUGUGUGUAUUGUUGGAGACCCAAGCUGUGCAAAGUCUCAGUUCCUCAAGUAUACUUCAAGUAUUGUUCCACGAUCUGUCUACACAUCUGGAAAAUCCUCCUCUGCUGCAGGUUUGACAGCAACUGUGGCCAAGGAACCAGAAACUGGAGAAUUCUGUAUUGAGGCUGGUGCUCUAAUGCUUGCUGAUAAUGGCAUAUGUUGCAUUGAUGAAUUUGAUAAGAUGGAAAUCAGGGAUCAGGUUGCUAUUCAUGAAGCCAUGGAACAGCAGACUAUAAGCAUCACGAAAGCAGGAAUUCAGGCAACACUGAAUGCUCGAACAUCAAUUUUAGCUGCUGCCAACCCUACUGGUGGGCGCUAUGAUAAAUCAAAGCCUCUCAAGUACAAUGUGGCCCUCCCUCCUGCUAUCCUUUCUAGGUUUGAUUUGGUGUAUGUUAUGAUCGAUGAGCCAGACGAUCAAACAGAUUACCACAUUGCCCACCAUAUUGUGAGAGUUCAUCAGAAGCAUGAAGAUGCACUUACUCCUGCAUUCACUACUGCUCAACUGAAGCGUUAUAUUGCUUAUGCAAAGACUCUUAAGCCAAAGUUAAGCUCAGAAGCCAGGAAACUGCUAGUGGAUUCCUAUGUUACUCUUCGUAGAGGUGAUAUAGUUCCAGGGAGUAGAGUUGCUUAUCGCAUGACAGUUAGGCAACUGGAGGCUUUGGUCAGGCUGUCAGAAGCUAUUGCUCGAAGUCACUUGGAACUUCAGGUGGAACCACGCCAUGUUCGUGUGGCUGUGAGGCUGCUAAAAACAUCCAUAAUAAGUGUUGAGUCGAGUGAGAUUGAUCUUUCUGAUUUUCAAGAUGAAAUUCAUAUUGGUGGUGAUGAUGGUGAUGGCCAUGAUGAUGGUAAUGGAGGUCCUCAACAAGAUGGUGCUCAGCCAAGUACAACUGCAGCAGAACCAGUUUCUGGAAAUGGAGAAAGUGGCAUAGGAACCGGAAGUCGUCAAGGAAAGAAACUAGUUAUUAGUGACGAAUACUUUCAAAGGGUUACCCAAGCUCUUGUUAUGCGGCUUAGACAACAUGAAGAGUCUGUAAUGCAAGAUGGGACUGGAUUGGUGGGUAUGAGGCAGAAAGAUUUGAUUCAGUGGUAUGUGAGUCAACAAAAUGAAAAGAACAACUACAGUUCUAUGGAGGAGGUGAAGAGUGAGGUAGCUAAAAUUAAAGCUAUUAUAGAGAGCUUGAUACGGAGGGAAGGCCACCUGAUAGUUGUAGAUGAUGGUAGACAAGCGACUGCAGAGGGUGACGAACCAAGGGAAUCCUCAUCUUCUAGAAAUGACAGGAUUUUAGCUGUUGCUCCAAAUUAUGUCAUUGAUUAAUGCAAUGUGGUCCAUCAUUAGCUGGACUACUUGUAUGUCUGACAAAUUAAUCAUAAUAGCAUUCAUCCAUAAUUGGUGUGAGAUCCACAGAGCUGUGCAUGUGAUUUGAUUCCAUAACCAGCCAUAUGAGAUCAUGGAUAGGUCUUCGUAAAGUCUAAUCGGUAUAAUCCUUUCAUUGUCUGAAUGGAAUCAUGGUGACUUGAUGUCAAAAGCAGCUCUUAAACUUGUUCAAGUCAA